AUGGUGUCUGAAAAUGUGAGUCAUGUGCUUCAAAGAAAGCUCCCACCAAAACUCAAGGAUCCGGGCAUGUACCUUCAAUUAGGUUUAGGGGAUUUGAAGGCAACAACUAUUUCAUUGCAACUUGCUAAUCGAAUAGUGAGAUAUCCAAGAGUGUUGGACAUGGAAGAGGCUCCUAUACAUGAUCGUGAGUUACCUAUUUUGCUUGGGAGACCCUUUAUGGCCACAACAAAGACUGUCAUAAAUGUACAAAGUGGUCUCCUCACCAUGACCGUGCUAGGAGAAACUGUACAAUUCAAAGUGUUUGAAUCUCUUUCUCACCCUUCUAUUUCAAUUGAUUGUUGUUUGAUUGAUGUGCUUGAUUCACUUGUUUUCUCUAAGUUUUUGCUCGCACAAUCCAAUGAUCCAUUACAAUAUAUUUUGAGUCAAUCUCGAAAUGAUUUUGAUGAAGAAUCUGCACUCAUGGAGAUGGUGGCUGCCUUGGAAGCAUUAAAACCAUAUCCCUCCACUCUUUCACCUCUUAUAGAGCCAUUAGAACCAUCCACAUCUGACCUCACCCCUUUCGAAGAAGAUAAGCUAAUUAGGGUGCUAAAAGAGUUCAAAUCAUCCGUUGGUUGGUCUAUUGCAGAUAUCAAGGGAAUAAGCCCAACCAUGUGCAUGCAUCAAAUUUUAUUGAAGGAGGGAGCGAAAUCAACUCGUGAACCACAAAAAAGGCUCAAUCCACACAUGAAGGAAGUAGUGAGAGCUGAAGUGUUGAAGUUGCUAGAUGUGGGUAUUAUAUACUCGAUUUCUGAUAGCAAAUGGGUCAGCGCUGUUCAAGUAGUGCCUAAGAGGAUUGGAAUCAUAGUGGUAAAAAAUGAGCAUAAAGAUCUUGUUCAAACGAGACCUGCAACUAGUUGGUGUGUUUGCACCGAUUAUAGGAAAUUGAAUUCGGACAAUAGAAAAGAUUAUUUUCCUAUCCCUUUUAUUGAUUAA